AUGAUGGCGUAUGCUCAAGUUCAAGGUUCCUUCACCCUGGACGGUUCACUCAUCAACCUGGCGCCUUUUGAGCAAGUCAAGCGAAAAGCCGUUCUUGGUGGACAGGGGGGCGGCGUGAUUGGCGUCGAGACUUCUUCCAGGCGCGACAGCGGUCUUCUUCGCAGCUUCGGAUGGGGGAGUAUAAGCAGCUCCCUUGGCGACCUUCUCGGAACUGGUGAGCUCAGCAGCAUGAAGGACAUGCGCGGCAUCGCGAGCUCCAAGUCUGUGCCGCUCCUCUCUACGCCGCAGUCGAUCCUGUUCGUUGACAUGCAGCUUGCGCCAGGGGAGAGCAAGGCCUUUGAAUACGCCUUUCAAUUGCCCAGAGGCCUGCCGCCAUCCCACAAGGGCAAGGCCGUUAAGAUUUCAUACACGCUCGUCAUCGGCACACAGAGGGCUGGCGGCACGAAAGAGCAACAGAUACGCAAGGUUGAGGUACCCUUUAGGGUGCUGGGCGGCGUCAACAGCCAUGGCGAGAUUCUAGGUUACGAUCUUAUGAACCCUUAUAUUAUCCUGCGCGACCAAGCAAUCAUCACACCCCUCGAUAAAAUGACACCAAGUAACCAAAAGAAAGCUCAAUCGACGAGACCUGAAUCUUCUCUAAACGAUUUCAUCACAUAUGUCGACGACUUAUUGAACAGACCACGCUAUGGCAGUCACACAGGUCUACUCUCUCCGACGGCGGUACCAAGCUCCAGGCGACCAUCAGCGUUCGAAGACGCAACAACUGCCAAGGACGCCAUCAAUCUUGCCAUCCUUCGUAGCACCCACGCAUCCGAGGGCGGUCAAAGCCCCAACCGCUUUGAGAUUGCGCGAAAUGGUCAGCGCGUCGGCGUUGUGACGCUUACGAGGGCUGCAUAUCGCAUCGGCGAGGCCGUGACUAUGGUGGUCGAUUUCUCCAACGCGGACGUGCCUUGCUACGCUCUCCACUGUGCGCUCGAAUCUGCUGAACGAAUUGCUGAUUCACAACUUGCCCUACGCUCGGAUGCUUCGGUCCAUCGCGUAACACGCAAGGUGUACGCAUCUUCCUCUGAUACAGCACUCUACGGCCGCAGACUCGUCUUCACGCCAACCAUUCCCAUCAACGCUACCCCAGAGUUCGUGACAUCGGGUGUUGCUCUCGAGUGGAAGAUCCGUGUCGAGUUUGUUGUGCCUAGCGCUACCGCCCAACAGACCAAAGAGACUCCCGUUGCGGAGCCCGAAGAGUCUGAAGACGCCAGCGCGCCUCUGGUAGGGAACAGCGCUACCAGUGGUAACACGAACCCAAGUCGUAACCAUCCACUUCUUGAGGAGAUUUCGCGUGAUGAGCGUGGGGGCCUUGUUCUAGUUGCAGUGGAGAACCUGGCUUGUGAGAGCUUCGAGGUUGCGGUUCCGUUGCGCGUGUAUGGCGCUUUCGCUACGGGCCUCGAAAAGCUAGAAAGGGACGAGGCGUCAGAAGAGGGCCUUGCAGUCUAA